AUUCGGAGCCAUCCAAAUUCCGGCGAGGCUUUCUUCACGCUCAACGAUGAACACCCGUCGCCAUAGCCUUGCUCGAAUCUUCGAAUCCAUUGGCAGGUCCUUAUCUUAUUCAUCUUCCUCGACCUCCGCCUCUGCUACCUCCUCCCAAGUCCCUCGGACUUUGGCCGGACUCCGGGAACGACUUGCCGCCGAAUCCCCCACGCUUUCUGACUUUGUUAGCCUGAAAUCUUCUGAUUCGUAUUCCGUGGAGGUUGGUACGAAGAAGAAGCCCCUUCCUAAACCUAAAUGGAUGAAGGAAUCGGUGCCCGGUGGCGAGAAGUAUGUUCAAAUCAAGAAGAAACUCCGCGAAUUGAAGCUUCAUACGGUUUGUGAGGAGGCUAAAUGCCCUAAUUUGGGGGAAUGCUGGUCUGGUGGAGAAACGGGCACGGCCACUGCUACGAUUAUGAUUCUUGGAGACACUUGUACCCGGGGCUGCAGGUUCUGUAACGUGAAGACAUCACGAACUCCACCUCCACCAGACCCCAAUGAGCCGCAAAAUGUUGCUGAGGCAAUCGCAUCAUGGGGGUUGGAUUAUGUGGUUAUCACUAGUGUGGAUCGCGACGAUUUACCUGAUCAGGGGAGUGGUCAUUUUGCAGAGACCGUGCUGAAACUUAAGGUGUUGAAGCCAAAUAUGUUGAUCGAAGCAUUGGUCCCUGAUUUUCGAGGGGACCCUGGCAGUGUAGAGAAAGUUGCAAAGUCGGGCCUUGACGUCUUUGCUCAUAAUAUAGAGACAGUUGAAGAGCUUCAGGGAGCAGUUCGGGACCAUCGUGCUAAUUUUAAGCAAUCAUUAGAUGUUCUAGUUAUGGCAAAAGAGUUUGCUCCUUCUGGAACACUUACGAAGACUUCCAUUAUGUUAGGCUGUGGGGAAACACCAGAUCAAGUCGUGCAAACAAUGGAGAAGGUGAGAGCUGCUGGAGUUGAUGUGAUGACAUUUGGUCAGUACAUGAGACCUUCAAAGCGCCACAUGCCUGUAUCAGAAUACAUUACACCAGAGGCUUUCGAGAAGUAUCACAAUCUUGGCAUGAAAAUGGGUUUUCGGUAUGUGGCAUCUGGCCCAAUGGUUAGGUCCUCAUACAAGGCAGGAGAAUUCUAUAUCAAGUCAAUGAUUGAAUCAGAUCGGGCAGCUUCUAAUUCACAUCCUACACAACCUUGAUUUGGUCAUCUGUCUCCGACAAUCCCUACAUAAGCAACCAUGUUGCAUUUAAGCUCAACAUAUUUGAAAAAUGAACUUGUUAUUUGAUUGGUUUGGCCACUCAUUUGUCAAUUCCGACGCUCUUGAUCUGCUGUAGAUGUAUAUUAUUUUGCUUGGCUUUAUAUAAUAAGUUACUAACGUUUCCCUUUCCUCC